AUGAUUCGUGCUAUUCUCAUCCUUCUUGUCGCUUUGAUUGCCAUGUCUUCUGCUCAAUGGGGCUACGGACCAUACGGAGGAUACGGUGGAGGCUAUCCAGGAAUGUACGGAGGAUACGGCAUGCGCCCAUAUGGAAUGUACGGUGGAUACGGAAUGGGAAUGUACCGUCCAGGACUACUUGGAAUGCUCAUCGGAAAGAAAUAG